CGGCGGAUGAUGGAGAAACGUAAACAGGUUGGACUGCUGACCCUGCCGUACCACCUGCUCCCGGGCCCCAUGGGCGUGCCUGGGUCCCUGCCCCGCCUUCCCCUGCGGGACCCCUUCAGGGUCUCCUUGCGUCUGGACGCCGCGUGCUGGGAGCGGGAGCGGGGUGGCUGCGCCCCGCGGCGGCCGUACUUGCCCCUGCCGCUGGACGGCGCCUUCGAGCCCGCUUUCCUCCGCAAGCGCAACGAACGCGAGCGACAGCGGGUGCGCUGCGUGAACGAGGGCUACGCGCGCCUCCGAGCUCACCUGCCCCGCGAGCUGGCGGACAAGCGCCUCAGCAAAGUGGAGACGCUCCGCGCCGCCAUCCGUUACAUCAAGCACCUCCAGGAGCUGCUGGAGCGCCACGCGCGGGGUCAGGAGAGCGCGGCCGGCGCCGGCCCCUCGCUCAGGGCUGAAUGCAACAGCGACGGCGAGUCCAAGGCCUCGUCGGCGCCUUCGCCCAGCAGCGAGCCCGAGGAGGGGGCCUGUUAG